CUAAGUGCAGCCGCCCGCCUCUGUCACUGGGAGACAGUCCACUUAAAUGCAGCUCCAGGGUUGCGGGACAUCCACGAGCAUCACUCCCUGGGCGAGGUGGCAAAUGCAACAUGCUCUCCAGCUUGGGGUGUCUACUUCUCUGUGGAAGUAUUGCACUAGCCCUGGGAAAUGCACAGAAAUUGCCAAAAGGUAAAAGGCCAAGCCUGAAAGUCCACAUCAAUACCACCAGUGACUCCAUCCUCUUGAAGUUCCUGCGUCCAAGUCCUAAUGUAAAACUGGAAGGUUUUCUCCUCGGCUAUGGCAGCAAUGUAUCACCAAACCAGUACUUCCCGAUUCCCACGGAAGGGAAAUUCUCUGAGGCUAUCGUUGAUGCAGAACCUAAAUAUCUGAUAGUUGUGCGGCCUGCUUCUCCUCCAAGUCAGAAGAAGUCAUGCUCAGGUAAAGCACGCACCCGCAAGCCUCUGCAGCUGGUGGUUGGCACCCUGACCCCAAGUUCAGUCUUCUUGUCUUGGGGUUUCCUCAUCAACCCACACCAUGACUGGACAUUGCCGAGUCAGUGUCCUAAUGACAGAUUGUAUACAAUUCGCUAUAGAGAAAAGGAUAAGGAAAAGAAAUGGGUUUUUCAACUCUGCCCAGCCACUGAAACAAUUGUAGACAAUCUAAAGCCCAAUACAGUUUAUGAGUUUGGAGUGAAAGAUAACAUAGAAGGUGGAAUUUGGAGUAAGAUUUUCAACCACAAGACUAUUGUUGGAAGUAAAAACAAAGUUAAUGGGAAAAUCCAGAGUACCUCUGACCAAGUCCACACAGUGCCAGCAUAUGUCCCAAGGAAGAUAAUCCCAGUAACAAUUAUCAAGCAAGUGAUUCAGAAUGUCACUCACAGAGCUUCAACUAAAUCCUCAGAUAAGAUUCCCUUUGGAGGAACUAUUCUAGUUCACCUUAUUAUUCCUGGUCUUAAUGAAACCACCAUAAAACUUCCCACAUCCAUGAUGGUUGAUAUUUCGGAUGCAAUCAAGACACAAUUAGCUAAGAAUGAAACCUUGGCAUUGCCUGCUGAAUCUAAAACACCAGAAGUAGAAAAAAUCCCAGCACAGCCCAUAACAGUGACUCCUGAAUCAGUUCCAAGAACUAUUAAACCCACUGUGUCUAGUUCCCUAGAUACUUCAGAAACAGCACUGGUUCUUGAUGAAAGGACCCCGGAAACACUGCAAACUAGUCUAAUACCUAAGUUUGAAUUGCCGCUGAGCACUCUAGCUCCAAAAAGACUUCCGGAAUUUCCUCAGGCAAAGACACCAUUCCCUUUUGAGAAACCUGAGGGCGCAUUGGCUUCAAGUGACAAGCCGUGGAUUGUUUCUACAGAUAAAACAUCUGAAGAUUCCAAAGUUCUACCACCUGAAACUGCAAUUUACGAUGUUUUCUCAAGCUCUACACCACCAGAUGAGCGUGAAAUAUCAGAGCCCGACACAGCAACAAGUGAUCCUAUUCUGGAUUCUGUCCCACCUAAAACUUCUAGAACUCUUGAACAGCCAAGGGCAACACCGGCUCCAAGUGAAUUACCAUUUGUUCCUCAAAAAGUGGAAACCUUUACCAGUCCUGAAAUGCAAACUUCAACAUCUGCUCCCCUACAAACUACACCUAAGCAACGCCGCAGACCCAAAACACCGAGAGUCAAACCUGAAAGAACCACAAGUGCUGGAACAGUUACAUCUAAAUUUUCUAAAAGACCUGAACCUACACAGACAACAUUGGUUCCCAGUAAAACACAAUUCAUUUCUUUGAAACCUAAAAUCCCUCUCAUCCCAGAAGUGACACACACCAAACCUGUCUUAGACCCUGGGCCAUUGGGAACCAAACCCUCAACAACAACACUAGCUCCACCAAAGACCAAAAGACCAGGUCGUCGCCCCCGUCCUAAAACCACACCUAGUCCAGAUGUACCCAAGUCCAAACCUGCUCUUCAACCCUCUACGGUACAAACGGAGCUCUUGAUGCCCACAGUUGAUUCAAAACCACCAAAGCACUUAUAUCCUAAACCCCAAAUAACAGCAAAGCCAGAUAUGCCAGCAACUAAAUCCGUCUUUGAGCCUAUUGUAUUUGAAACGGAAGCUCCUUCCAUCACCAUAGUUCCUGCCACAGACUUUGAACCUAUAACUCUGAGAACUGAGGCUCCUUGGACAACAUUAGCACCAAAAACAUCACAACGAACAAGAACACGUCGUCCACGCCCCAAACCUAAAACCACGCCGAGCCCAGAGGCACCUCAGAGCAAACUAGACUUUCAACCUGUUAUUCCUGGGACAUCUAUAGCUCAAACAACGAUGACAACAACAACAAAGAAACCCCGUCGCCCACGUCCCAAACCUAAAACCACGCCCCAUCCAGAAUUAUCUCAGACCAAACUGGUUCCUGCCACAGUCUUUGAACCAGUUAUUCUUAGAACCGAGGCUCCAGGGAUGACAGUAGCUCCCAAGGUACCUCAGCGAACUAUUCAUCCACGUCCCAAGCCUAAACCCACACCAAGUCCUGGAGCCCCUCAGACUGAUCUGGUUCCUGCUACAGUCGUUGAACCUGUUACUCCUAUAAAAGAGGCUCCAGGGACAGCAUUGGUUCCUGUUACAGAUCUUGAACCUGUUACUUUUACAACCAAGACCUCUGGGACAACAGUAGCUACUAAAGUGUCACAAAGAACUCGUCGUCCACGUCCCAGACCUAAAACCACAGCAAGCCCUCAAGUACCUCACAGCAAACUAGUUCCUGCUACAGUCCUUGAACCUGUCACUCUUAGACCCGAGGCCCCAGAGACAACCUUAGCUUCUAAAACAUCACAGCGGACACAUCGUCCACGCCCCAGACCAAAAACCACCCCAAUUCCUGAAGCACCUGAUUACAAACCAGUUCCUACUGCAGUGCUUGAACCUGUUAUGGUCAGAACUGAGACUUGGGUGACAACGCAAGCUCCUAAAACAUCAAAGCGAACCCGUCGUCCACGUCCCAAACCUAAAACCACACCAACUACUGAAGCACCUCAAACCAGACCGGUUCUUAUUACAGAUCUUGAACCUGGUACUCUUAAAACUGAAGCUCCAGAAAUCAUGGCGCGUCCUACAGUGCUUGAACCUGUCACUCUUAGAACCAAGGCUCCAGAAACAACAUUAGCUCCAAAAGCAUCACAACGAACACGUCGUCCACGUCCCAGACCUAAAACCACCUCAAGCCCUGAAGUACCUCAGACCAAACCGGGUAAAUCUACAGGCUUUGCACCUGUUAUUCAUAGUUCUGAGACUCCAGGAACAGCAUUAGCUCCCACUGAACUGCAAACUCUUAUUUUGAAAUCAGUGACAUCACCAAACCUAGAAAUGACACAGAGUCAACCUGUUUCUGAAGUCCUGGAACCAAUUACAUUUAGAACUGAGUCAUCAAAGGAAGCUAUAGCACCAUCUGAAAGUGAUUAUGUGUAUCCCACUGCCAAAGCACCACUCAGGCCAGAGGAGCCAAGGACAGAAGUUGUGGAAUCUAUUACAAAUGUGCCUGAAGUACCCAAGACCACACUAGCUACCAAGUACAUUCAGCGUUUUCCUCCCAAACCAAAAACAUCUCCACGUCCAAGAAUCCCACAAACACAGACAGCUCCUAAGUGGCCCCAACGCGUUACUCCAAGGCCAAAAACAUCACCAAGUCCAGAAGUGUCUUAUACGUCACCUGCUCCAAGAGAUGUGCUUCUUCCCCAUCAACCAGACCCUGAAAUUUCUCAGAGUGAACCUGUUCUGCAACCUGUUACCUUUAGAAUUGAUCUACCAGAGACAACAAUAGCUCCUUUAGAGACACGAGGCAGCCCUUUCAUGCCUAUGACUUCACCAAGUCCUAGUCAAGAGGAACUACAAACCACUCUUGAGGAAACAGACCAAUUCACCCAAGAACUCUUCACAACUAAGUUUCCACGAACAACUGAAUUGGCAAAGACAACUCAGGCACCACACAGAUUGUACUCUACUCCUGUGCGGCCCAGAACACCCGAAAAACCACACAGACCCGUUCUGAAUAAAACAACUACAAGACCAGGGAGACCAAAACCCAGUGGGACACCAAAAGGCUAUGGAGUGGAAACAGGGGUCAAGCAAGCACCAAAGACACCAGGCGCUGGUAGAAAUGAGUCAGCCUUUGACUCUAUUCACUCCACAAAAAAAACAGGCACUCGUCGCCCACCCCUACCACCUAGGCCUACGCCUCCGCGAAGAAAGCCUUUACCGCCAAAUAAUGUUACUGGAAAGCCAGGGAGUGCAGGAGUCAUUUCAUCAAGCCGAGUAAUUUCCCCACCCUUGAAGGCAACAUUCAGACCUACUGGAGCCCCCUCACAGAGAACAGAGACAGAUAAAAAGCAACCAACGGCACCUGCCUCAGGAGAUCUUGGUAACACAACUGACUUUAGCUCAAGCCCAACAAGAGAAACUGAUCCUCUUGGGAAGCCCAGAUUCAAAGGUCCCCAUGUGCGAUAUAUCCCAAAGCCUGAAAACAGUCCCUGCUCCAUCACCGACUCUGUUAAACGGUUCCCCAAAGAGGAGGCCACAGAGGGAAACAUCACCAGCCCACCACAGAACCCACCUACCAAUCUCACUGUGGUCACCGUGGAAGGAUGCCCCUCAUUUGUCAUCUUGGACUGGGAGAAGCCACUUAAUGAUACUGUCACUGAAUAUGAAGUUAUAUCCAGAGAAAAUGGCUCAUUCAGUGGGAAGAACGAGUCCAUUCAAAUUACAAAUCAAACCUUCUCCACAAUAGAAAACCUCAAACCAGACACAAGCUAUGAAUUCCAAGUGAAAUCCAAAAACCCACUGGGUGAAGGCCCCACCAGUAACACAGUGGCAUUCAGUACUGAAUCAGCUGACCCAAGAGUGAGCGAGCCAGUUUCUGCAGGAAGAGAUGCCAUCUGGACUGAAAGACCUUUUAAUUCAGACUCUUACUCAGAAUGUAAGGGCAAACAGUAUGUCAAGAGGACAUGGUAUAAAAAGUUUGUAGGAGUGCAGCUGUGCAAUUCUCUCAGAUACAAGAUAUAUCUGAGUGAUUCUCUCACCGGAAAAUUUUAUAACAUAGGAGAUCAGAGAGGCCACGGAGAAGAUCACUGCCAGUUUGUGGAUUCAUUUUUAGAUGGACGCACAGGACAGCAACUCACUUCUGAUCAGUUACCCACCAAAGAAGGCUAUUACAGAGCAGUUCGCCAAGAACCUGUCCAGUUUGGAGAAAUAGGUGGUCACACCCAAAUCAAUUAUGUCCAAUGGUAUGAAUGUGGAACCACUAUUCCUGGAAAAUGGUAGAUGCUACAGUCAUAUUCAAAAGUUGUUUCAUCUUGGCCACAAAUAAUUGGAAAUACUAUGGUGUUUGUCACAUUCAUUUAAAACCUAUGUUUACUAUAUGUAUAAAAGCAAUAUUAGAUGUUUAUUAGAAAAGACUGCUGAGAUAUUUAUCAGGUUUUACAAAGUCAUUCUAAGAAAGCAAGAUAUUAACAGAAUAGCAUUUUUUGGGAAGCUGGCUCCCUAAGACAUGGUAUUUUAAGAGAUCAUGUGUAUAUUAUUUAUCAGACUGUUGUAAUGAUGUUUUGAGAUACUUUUAUAACAAAAUUAACAUCAAAAACUAAUAUACUUUUAAAAGCUAUUUACUUUUAUUGUGUAUUCUUUCUACUUUGAGUUAAUUCCAUCAAUCUCUACUUGGUUUAACUUAUUAGAUCAAAUUAACUUCAGCAUAUAUAUAUGUGGGGAAAAAAGGUUCUAAGGUUCAUGUUUAUUUAAACUUCAAUUUUUUAGCAAUAACUACUUUUUCUGAAACAUUUAAACAGUGAUUAACAUUAAUAUACAUUUCCAUAAAUACUGAUAAGAUGCUGAGUAAAUUUCAUUUCAGAUGAAAUGAUAGUUUCAAAAUAUAUUUUGUCCUUUUACUACCCAUAAAUAUUAUAACAUCUGCAUGUCAAAGUAUUCCUUUAAGCAAUUAUGUUUAUACUGUCAUGCCAAUCAAGUUGUAUGCAGAGACUGAAUGGGAAGUCUGAGCACAAAAAGAUCCCUAACAUUUUACAGAACAUUUACUGUACUUUUUACACAUGGCUUCUUAGGAAUGAAUAUAUCAAAGGAUGUUUUCAUAAUUCUGUUUAACUCAUCUUAUAAUGAAAAUCUCAUUUUUAUUUAAAAUACUUGCUUUCCUUCAUUUGGGGAGGGAGAUAGGGAAUGCUGCCCUCAUUCUGAAAGGAUCUUUCCUGUGCUUACCUUCAACAUGGCUUCAGUUUUAUCAAUGCUACAUUUUUGUAUUUUUCAAACAAGUAUAAACCCUGCAAUAAAGAGAUGUAGUUUUUU